AUGGCAGGUCCAGUACCCACGACUCAGGAUCCCUCAACCCCUACAGCGGAAAAACUCCUUGCGUCUCAAACGACAACGCCCAUUCAUUCAGAACUAAAGAAGAGCUCCUCACAAUCAUGGUCCGCUGCACAAAUCCUACUGACCGCAGCGAUUCCACUGGUCGCCCUUGUCGUAUGGCUUGUAUGCGUCCGAGCGAAUCCGCGAAUUUUCGAUACGUUUGCGGGCGAGAAGAUUGGGGGCCACCUUAGCCAAGCAGAGGCAAAAGCAGUCGAUGCCAUCACAGGAGCUGUACUGGCGCCUUUACUCAUGGCAACUCUGAAUUUUGUCUGGUUUGGCAGUGCACGCGUGUCGGCCUUGAACGAACAGCAAGCGAAGCCAAUUCCCCUUCGUACGCUGGUUACCGCCAGCGGUACAACAGGCGGGAACUAUGACCUUUUCAAUCUCCGCAAUCUACUCAUGGGCAAGACUUGGACACUUGGACUCUUUGCGCUGCUAACGAUGCUCUCUGCUGUUUCGAGAACAGCACUGAGCAAUGUUAUUGCGUACGAGGCAUUUUCUGAACUCGGCUCUUCACAGACUGACGUUACCAUCAACCAAGAUUACGACGGUAUAGUGUCAGGGGCCGACAUCGUCUCAUUGGAUUUGUACGAUUUCGACGGUAAUCAGAAUGCCCAAGUCGUCAAGGAUGUGGUGUCCCUCUUAACCGAGAUAUCCUACGACAGUUCCGACUCAAAACUGACCAAUGGUACAUAUGUAGCCGUGAACGUAACAUCGCAAUCGCUAGAGUCUCUGCCGCCGGCUAUUUCCAGGCUCGAAAACGUACCGGCCUAUCGACUGUCGGUCAAUUGUAGCCCGGCUCUGCCAGAAUCAAUAUCAGUAGAUCAACCACUAAAUUUUUACAACACGAUGAUCAACUUGAUUAUCAACAAAACUGCAGAGUCGGAUAAUUACUUAUUUGAAGCAUUCUACCCGGGUACACCUGAAAACAUUCAAAAGGGAGAAGGCGACAGCCUCACAUACGCCGCAUCUACUCUGGGUUUCAAAGAGGCAUAUCUAGGCUCCCUAAGGCGUUUCGACUUGUCCAAUGAUACGGAACCGUCGGCAUACGGCACACUCCAUUACCGUACCUACAACAUGACUCAAUGGGGCUUCAGUGGAACAAUGGGACUCAUGUCUGCCUGCGGGUUGCGGUGUGUGCUGUACCGCGAACACGGCGUCGCCAACACAAGUCGCAGUUCGGACAACACCUCCAGCACCGCCGUAUGGACCAUUGACGCCGCCACGUUUCCCUCGCAAAAGAAACAAAUCAUCCCCUCCCAGCUCUCCAAAUUCCAAUACAACAGCCUCAACUUCCACGUCCCGGGCUCGUCCAUCCCCGGUCUCGGUCCCGCCCUGUCCAACAUGUACGCUGUAACGACCCAAGACUUCUUUACCGACUUCGCACACACCUUCCUCUACGCCUCGGGUGAGACGUAG